UAUGAAAAUCUAUUAUAUUAGCACUUAACUGCGAGAAAAAGAGUAUAAUUUUAGGAAAUCUGACGCUUUUGACCUUCAAACAUGGUAAAUAGUUUGAUAGAAAUAGUUUCAGAAAAGUUAUGAAGGUCAAAAUGGUCGCAAUGUUUAGUUAUAGUAUUUUGCACAUAUCGUGUGUUGUUUUUAUGACGUUACCUUUGGAAAUAUUAGGCAAGGAAAGUACAGAAACGAAAGAAUAUUUUAAAUACAAGUUUUCUGUGCAGAGGAACGAACUGGAAGAAAAAGAAACGGAACUGUGUGGGUACCAAAAAUCACUUUCAAAAAAUGAAACAAUCGUGGACAACUAUCUGGAAUAUCUAAAAUGGGAGGAGUUUCAAGCAACGAAAGAUGCAUUCCGCCCUGCACGUCCGGUCCAGGAUUACCUUCAAGAAAUAAAAGGGUCCAAGGUUUACGAAGUUUUAAAGAAAUUUCCAAAGGGCGGUAAUAUGCAUAUACAUCAAAAUCACGUGAUUUCUAAAAAGAAAAUGCUGGACCUUAUUUUCAACUCACCUUUAAUUCACACACUUUGCGUUAAUGUUGAAGAUUCCUACAAGAAAUGGAGACUUGGCUUUUAUAAUACUGCUCCGGCUGGUUGGGUAAAGGUAACAAGUAAUCUGGCGCUUUAUUCAAAAGAAAACCUUCUUAAACACAUCACAAUGAUCAACACAUUGAGCCCUGAAUCUAUAGCAAACCCGACCGACAGUGGUUUACGAUGGAAAGACCUUGGUCCAAUGUUUGGAAUGGCAGGAACGAACCUUGUCUUAUAUCAGAACUACACUCGCAUGCAUCUUCAAGCCAUGUUCGAAUCAGCUCUUGAAGAGAACGUGCAAUAUUUGGAAGCUAGAGUUAGCGGUCUUGGAAUGUAUGUAUUAAAUGAUUCCGCUAAAGAUGGUCAUCAGAUGGUUGAUAAUGAAGAUGGGGAUAUUUGGUUUCGAACAGCAACAGAAGAAGUGAAUAAAUUCCAAAGCAAAAAUCCAGCGUUUAUUGGUUAUAAAGAAAUAAUUAGCGGAUGGAGAAAGUCAAAUCCAGAUGCAAUGGACAAAAACUUGAAAAGGGCUUUUCGACUGAGAAAGAAAUUUCCCAACAUGGUUAAGGGAAUAGACUUAAUUGCAGAGGAGGACGCGGGCUAUUCACUUUUGUUUUUUAUAGACGAAUUUGCAGAUAUGUAUGCUAGAAAGGAAUUGGUCCCACUUUACCUUCAUAAUGCUGAAACCAAUUGGCCAAAGGACUUGAUGACGUCACUGCAUCCUCUUGAUCCAGUAAGUACCCUUGACAAUGUAUAUGAAGCAAUCAUUCUUGGGGCCAAACGUGUAGGACAUGGUCUUGGGUUUAUAAAGCAUCCUUACCUUAUGCAGCUUCUUAAAGACAGAAAAAUUGCUGUAGAGGUAAAUCCCGUGAGCAAUAUGCUACUCGGUUACGUCACUGACCAACGUCAACACCCAGCUGUGACGUAUAUACGGUAUGGAAUUCCAGUUGUUCUCGGAGCUGAUGAUCCAGGUACGAUGGGUUAUGAUGAAUUUACUGUUGACUGGUAUGAGGCAUUCAUGGCAUGGGGCUUACGACUGUCAGAUCUUCGCACGCUUGCUUUGAAUUCUUUACGUUAUAGCACAAUGACAUCAGACGAGAAAAGUUCUGCAGAAGUUAAAUAUAAUCAAACAUGGAAUACGUUUAUAACAGAGAUGAGAACAGAGGCAUGCAGCAGAGAUUUUACUUCAACAACGGAGCCCGCCAUCCAUAGCAUUUUCCCUAACGAAGGAGCAACAACUGGGUUUACUGCAGUUCGAGUUUUUGGCAGGAAUUUCCAAAGAUCCAUUUGCCAGCGAAUUAUCUGUCGAUUCGGAGAUCGUGAAAGCAAUGGUCAAUAUAUCUACAAUUCAUUGAUUAAGUGUAACGCAAAAGGUGAUGGUACAAUGGCGACAGAAAAGUUCAGCAUCUCAUUAAACUCCGGAAUGAACUUUAUAACAACUAAUUUGACCUUCGCCUUUAUGCAUCAGCAGGAGAAGAAGGCUGAGGGGAAGACGUCAGGAUGUCAACAUGAAUCUCCUCUCUCUAUGACUUCCUACAUUUUGCUAGCUUGCUACUUAUUUCUUUUCAUUUAAAGACGUGUAUACAUACCAGUUUGGUAAAUUACGUAUCACUUAUUUAAUCGACUAUUU